GGACUUGACGUAAAUCUAAAACCAGGAGCAGACAUAGCAAGGUUCAUCAACAAUCCAACUCUUAUCCUAAUAUCAAGUGUUGCUCAGUUGUGGUCGAAACGAACGUCCAAGUUUUGCUUUCCGGAUCCCACAAGAGCGUCAUGUCAUCCGAGGACCCCAUAAUGAAUGGGGAGAUCUCCCGCUCCCCUAGUUUGGUGGGAACGCCGGAGGAGGCCUUGUGCCAGAUGAACAUUCUUAUCCAAGAAAACCGCAACCUGAAAGAGGCUCUGCGUCAGACCAACCUGACGAUGAAAGAACGUUUUGAGGAGCUGUGCACGUGGCGCGAGAAGCAGCGGGAUGAGCGGGUCUUCCUGGAGAGGAGGCUUGGGGAGGCCCGGGUCAAGAUUGAGGCCUUGGCAAUUGAAAAUGAGUUGAUGAACGAGAAACUGGAGGCGGCAUCAAAGUCAAACUAUGCUUUGGGUGUCUCAAAAGUAGCAGAUUCCAGUCACAUCGCCGAAAUGGACGCCUUGCGUGCUCUGGUCACUCGACUGCAGGCGGAGAAGAACGACCUGGUGGCUCUCAACUCCGAGCUGCAGCUGAAGAUCGAACAGAACUCGCCUGAGGACUCCUUCAUCCAGGUCAUCACUGUGUCGGACGAAGGCAGCCUCAGCAUGAAGGCCGCCGGUGAGACCGGCAAACAUCCCGAUGUGAGCAUGAUGGCGUCCCGUCUGGACAACGGGGACGUGACCGUCAGCCACCUGCUGCAGUCCCUCAGGAACGAGACCCAGCGAGCCGAGCAGCUGCAAGCUGAGCUGCAGUCCACGAUUGACAUGAUCAAAUCGAUGGAGGAAAAGAGGAGCCAUCAUGUGACAGUAACGACACAGACCAACAUGACAGAAGAGCCCAGAGACCAUUCGAAGACGGCACAGGUGGCAUCCGAGUUUAUCAAAUCGCAGAUGAUGAUGCUGUUUAAAGAGCUGCAGCAGGCCCAGAGCAAGCUGGACGACGCGGAAGGCAUGAAGAAGAACCUGCAGGACCGCUGCCGCGAGGUGGAGAACGACGUGGCCACUCUGAAGGCCCUGCUGGCGGACUCGCAGGCGGUCAAAACGGAGAACGAGCAGCUCAAGCUGCAACUGGACAGCCUGCAGGCGCAGAAUUUAAUGGUGCAGAAGAAGGUCGGGGAGGGGAGGACCAACCUGGCCCAGUUGAAGGACGCCUACACGAAAUUGUUUGAGGACUACAAUGAGUUGCAGGAGGAGAAGAAGAGGAGAGAGGCUGAGCUGGUGGACAAGGAGGUGGUGGACGAUCUUCAAGGUCAGCUGAGCAUCGCCGAGAAGGCCCUGGCUACCAAGCAGGAGCGCAUCGACAGCUUGAAACAGGAGAUUUUCAAGAAGGAGAAGGAGCUAGAGACCAUCUCUGUCUUAGAGGCACAGGCCGAAGUCUACUGCUCCGAUUUCUACGCAGAGCGGGCGGCGAGGGAGAAAUUACACGAGGAGAGGGAGCGCCUGGCUGUUCAGCUGGAGUACGUGAAGAAACAGAACAACCAUCUGCAGGAGGAGAUGAGCCGGCAGAAAUUAGGCGACAUGCAAAGGAGACAUGUGGCUAAUGCCAAUGCGCACGGGCCAGCUUUAGUUUCAAGAGGCACUGACUGGCAGCAACAGGGCAGUAUUCCUGAACACGUCUGUCCAAAGUGCAACGAAAUCCUGCCAGAUAUGGACUCCCUGCAGAUCCACAUCAUGGACUGCAUCAACUAGCCCCCACCCCCCUUUUGUUGUUAAUAGCAUUCGCCAUACUUGCACUUUAUAAUCGGAGUCUUCCUUCUGGUUGUACCUACUCUCUCCUGUGACGAAGAGUCGAUAUCCUUUUUUUUUUUUCAGGUUUGAUGUUAUCUCGCGGUUUGAUUGUGUUGAGUCGAGGCAAGCUGAGGAAUGACCAAGUUAAAAUAAUUUAAAUCUGUCAAUCGGGGGCUUUUUUAUUAUUGUGUUAGGGUUUUUUUUUCCCCCCUUCCAAAUUGUGUCAGCUGGCAUAUAUAUUCUAUGACAAGCAGAUGUAUGUAAUUCAAGGAAGUUCAUACCUUGAAAACUUGUUUAAAUGAACCGGCGCACUACUGCUGCAAAGUAUAAGGUGACUGCAUUGUUCUGUAAAUUUAAUUAAACUGUAAUCAGGUCA